CUGUGUGUUGCUGAGCAGCAGCCAGUCGUGUUUUUCCCCUCGCCGAGCGCGCUCACUCUCAUCCUCUGCUCUGACUCUCCUACGCCGCUCGCUCUGUUGCUCCAAGGACAGACCGGAUCUCUCUUUUCCUGUUCUUCUAUUCCUGUUUCUUGUUUAACUGUAUCUUGUUCUGUCAUCUUUCUGUUUUAUACUAAUCUCCCUCUUCUCUACCUCCCCGUUCUUGGGGAACUAUUGGGGGUACCAGUGUAUGUGUUUGAGCGUGUAUGUGUGAGUGAGUGUGUAUGUGCUGGGGGGGUUCAGCAUGGAAGCAGUGGCAAUGUAUACGUUCCGGGCAACAGAGAGCGAUGAACUCAGUUUCAACAAGGGAGAAAUGCUCAAGAUCACCAACAUGGAAGAUGAUCCCAACUGGUACACAGCUGAGCUCCACAACAGGAAAGGCUUUGUGCCAAAAAAUUACAUUAACCUGCGGCCACAUGCCUGGUUUGCAGGCCGUAUAUCUCGUGGUGUGGCAGAAGGUCGACUCAGACACAGAGAGUGUGGAGCCUUUCUAGUCAGAGAAAGCGAGAGUGCUCCUGGGGAGUUUUCGAUGUCUGUCAGUUAUGGGGAUCAUGUGCAGCACUUCAAGGUCCUGCAGGAUCGCUGUGGUCAGUACUACGUCUGGGAUGAGCUCUUCUCAUCUUUGAACGAGCUGGUGGAGUUCUACCAUAGCAACAGUAUCGCCAAGGAGAGAUCGGUCUAUCUGAAGGACCCAGAACAAUUUGCCAGGCGUCCCCAUCAUGCCCAUGCUCUCUUCGACUUCACCCCCCACCACCCUUCCCAGCUGCGCUUCCUGCGUGGUGAUGUCAUUGAACUCAUUGACUGCUCUGAUUCGGUGCGUUGGAGGGGCCGUUGCCAUGGACGUGUGGGCUACUUCCCCCCGGAAUACGUCCAGUCCAUUUACCACGGCCAAUGACCUGACGUGUGAAGCGACCAAACAGCCAUUCCGGCAGGUUCAUCCAAGAGUUGUCCUGACCCCACCUACCCUCCAAAAAAAACUAAGCACUGCUCCCCUGCUCUGCACUUGCUGUCUAACUUCUGGAGCAAAACGAGUGAUCGAGCCACUCCUAACGGGCUCCUCCCAUCUCCCUGUGAUGUCACCCAUCAAACAGAAGCGUUGCAGACUCAUCUGUCUCUUCCACCUGAUCCUUCCAGCUCCACUUCUUUUUAAAAGUGACAAAUUAAGACACGGACUCACACUGUGGAAGACUCGCAAAUACAGAAUCAUAAAUAAACAUCCACACACAUACUCCAAGGCAUAAUCAUUUGUUACAGCUUAUCAGCUCUGGUGCAGACUAACUAUAAGUAACAAAAACAUGCACACACAAACACUAACCUGAUGGAGAAAAAACAAGCGUGUGUGGCUUUUGGGAGCCAGUGACAGAAGGGCAAGGAAGGGCACAGUUUUCCCCUCUGCAGAUUUGCUUCACUAAUAUCCAGGAAGAACUCUGGUGAGCUGAAAGGACACAACCAGGAAGUCAGUGUGUUGUGAAUAUUUAGGCCAGACAUUGAGGAUACAGACAAAGCAGAUCGCUGUCAUUGAGCUGCUGUGUGUGUAUGUGAACGUGGGUGUGGGUGAACGGGUUUGUAAAAUCUGUAAAGUCUGAACAUGUGUAUAUAUCUACAAACUUUACAUACAAGUGUAUAAGUUGUGUGUUACAGGGAGAGUGAAUGAAAGUUUGCAAGAUUUUAGAUAUGUUGAGUGUUGUGUUUGUGUGUGUGUGUGUGCGUGCGUGUGUGUGUGUGUGUGUUUGUAAAGUGGAUUAAAGGAUUUACUUUAUUUCAGUGAUCGAUGAAUUAAAAAGUGAUCAGAUGGCGCUUUGUUUAAAAAAAAAAGAAAAAAAAAGCUGAAAGUGUGACACCCUAAACUCAACCUGUGGAUCAUUUGUUUGUUUCUAUGUAUUUAUUCUUAUUCAUGUGUAAUCUUAAAAUACAUAUACUGCAAAUAAAAUCAAUCAUUGUUUCUGAUGCU